ACUGGGAACGGGUUGCCCGGGAAACGGCCGCAUGGCAACAGGAUCAGAGCCUGGGGGUUGUCUGCUUCUAGGUCUGCUCCCAUUUUACAUCGCAUUUCCUCACUAGAUGGUGUGCAAGCCACUGGAGAGUACACUUCCCCGCACAGUGGGCUCUACAUCCAGCAAAACAAAACCUGGGAAACUAUACAGCGGACCGUUUCUUUUACGGGGCUCCGAGGAGGAAAAGUGUGGAAAUAAAGCGUCGUUCGCGUCAAAGGCUUUCUUUUUUUUUUGAGCACAACCCGACGCUUUAUUUUUUAUUUUUUGCAACAAGAAGACUUGGGGGGAAAAAAAGCGGCAACAAAAUACAGCUGUGAUGGACAUAAUGAUUGCGGUGCAGGAUGCUUGUGUCUCUGGUCAGUGGCUUACUGCGAUAAUACUCAGCCUGUGCUGCUUUCUGCCGUCCUGUUUGCCCGCUGGACAAACUGUGGACUAUUCCUCGGUUGAAAGUGUGGUCAGCAGACAAGGCGACACGGCUCUACUGAGGUGCUACCUAUUGGAUGGGAUCUCUAAAGGAGCCUGGCUGAACCGCUCAAGCAUCAUAUUCGCAGGGAAUGACAAGUGGUCUGUGGACCCACGCGUGUCCAUCGUGUCCAGCGUUGGAGACAAACAUGAGUACAGCCUUCAGAUACAGAAAGUGGAUGUAACUGACGACGGCCAGUACACGUGCUCCAUUCAGAGUGAGCGUAACCCGCGGCCAAAGCUCCUCAACCUUAUUGUAAAAGUUCCUCCCAAGAUAUAUGACAUUUCCUCUGACAUCACGGUAAACGAGGGCAGCAACGUGUCGCUCAUCUGUACAGCCAGUGGGAAACCUGAGCCAACCAUUUCCUGGAGACACAUAACCCCAUUAGCCAGGAAGUAUGACAGCGGUGAAUAUCUUAACAUCACCGGCAUCACAAGGGACCAAGCUGGAGACUAUGAAUGCAGCGCUUUAAAUGACAUCGCCUCUCCUGACACCAAAACAGUAAAAGUCACGGUCAACUUUGCCCCCUCUAUCCAUGAGAUGAAAAGUCAUGGAGUUGGUCUGGGACGCACAGCUCUGCUAAGGUGUGAGGCAGCUGCUGUCCCUUCUCCGACAUUCGAGUGGUACAAGGGCGAGAAAAGGAUUAUCAAGGGUCAAGGCAUCGACAUCAAGAGCCUCAGCUCCAGAUCAGUCCUCACAGUGAACAACAUGACAGAGGAUCGUUAUGGGAACUACACAUGUGUCGCCUCCAACAAGCUAGGGACGGCUAAUGCCAGUGUGCCUCUCAUUCCAAUUAUUGAACCCACCACCACUAGUGCUGUCUCAAGCCCAGCGCCCAACACUGCACCCUAUGGGAGCACAGGAAGCGCGUACGUCCCGCUGGCCUGCCGAUACCUGGUCCUGGCUCUCUCCUCCUUCAUCAGUGUGUACUAGCAGAGGCCAGCCCAGACACAAUGACUGUCGAGAGCAUUUAUGAAUCCUUUUUGACAUUGCUGAUGGCUGGAAUCCAAUCUGGUACAGUUUGUUGAAAAGCCGUAAGGGGAAAAUAAUCAGCGUUACUUUGUGUGGGGAAUUUUAUUUUUUUCUUUGCUUUUUGGUGAAAUUUCAUGUCAUGUAAAUACUAUGAUGUUUUUUUUAUUAUUAUUAUUUCCUAUUUUCUUUUAUGAUUGAUUGACCACCUUGUGAAUCAGUGCUCAGCCCCAGCCCCACUCCACCUCCACUCAUAUCAAAAGCCCCUAAACUACCCAAAUGAGUUACUUUCAUGCCUCUUUCUCUGGGAGGCGAUGGCGCAAAAUUGACAUUUCCAUCCGUUUUUGUACAUGGCUAAAAAGACGCAAUUGUGCCAAGUCUCUCAGUACACAGAAUUACCAUACCAAUGUUGUAUUGAAUGUAUUAUGGGUUGUUGAACAAAGGAAAGACAUUUAGAUUCCUAACAAUACAAAUUCAGAUUAUGGAGUGUGCUUAAAAAAAAAAAAAUACAGAAAAACCUAAAAAAAACAAAAGAACAAAAUAGGCAGGGCUUUUUCAGGACCUGUAUUGUCAUGAUUACUCAAUAGAUGGAUGAACCGUGUUGAAGGUGUGCUUUGUUGUAUUCUGAAAUGGGUCCUUCAGUUACUAUGCCUGCCUAACAGAAUUGAUCAGGCAGCCGUCAAAGUAGCAAAGUAUACUGUAUUGUAUCUUUAUAUUUUAAUAUAGUGUAGGCUUUUAUUUUGAAGUGGGACCAGCUUUUCUCAUUCGACCAAGAACAUUAACACAGUUCAUGACUUUGUACAGUAUGAAGGGAGGAACAUCGCAGCCCUAUGUUUACAUUUUUCUUGAAAAUAUAAAUACUACAGUAUAUACUACAUACUUUUUUUUUCAGUGAGUCCACAUAUACGUGAAUGUUGCAACAAACUAUUGCUGUUGGGAAGAAAAAGCGAGUUCAACUGUUUUAAGCUUUUCUCUUAAAGAUGCAGUUCUUUGAAACAUGCCACUUCCAGUGGGCGUCUGAGCAGAGGGUUUUGUCUCUGAAUUUGCUGUGUACCUAUUGAUCAUCUACUGGCUGAAAACCCACAGCUGCACACUGUAGGUCGCUUGAAGUUUUUGGCUUCAGCAAGAUACUUAGAUAAUGGAUUCUGUGAAAGCAGCAGCUAUCUUUCUUUACAGAUAGUUCAAUACUUAAAUAUAUUACAAUCACUGUUACAGUAAAUAUAUUUAUUUAAUUGUACCAGUUAACAAGUAAUGGAAAUUAAUAACUUAAGAUUUCCGGCAAAACAUAAUUGGUAAAGUACAAAAAAGGUACUAAUAAUGAAACCUGGUUCUGAUGUGAGUCCUUCUCAUGUUAAUUAUGAGAAACAGAACACAAAAUAAAGUUUCUGAACAUGCUCAUCACUACAAACAUAGUCUAGGGGGCUAAGAGCUCCUCCAAGAUGAGUGUCAGUUUUAUUAAACACCCAAACAGUGUCCACAGGGCCAGUGGACAUCCAGCAGAGUUGAGAACAAAUUAAACCAUGAGGUCGUUUAAUAGAAGAAAAUGUGGCUUUUUAUUCACUGAAAUCAACCAUAUCAAGGCUCAAAAACAACGGUAUUGUAACGGUUUCCUUUAUGACAAGACAGGGCAUAUUCAUCCUUAACUAUCUUCAAUCCAUGGUGUAAACAGAGAUACUGUACUGUAAUGCCUUAAUAGUACCAUAGACAUUAAAUGAACCUCCUUUAAAAGGACACUUCCAGAAUAAAAUACAACUCAUUUGUUUGACAUAUUACUGAUUAUUGAAUGUUCAUUAACCAAUAGCUGACUUAUCUUUCAAAUUAGGCAUUCUAUUCAGUAAAGACAAACAAUUCUCAACUUAUGGCUCUCACAGGUAUUUUCAAAUAAGCCAGAUGCAUCUGAUAAAAAUGCAGUAUUUGUCGUGCAGGUUGACAUGUUUGCAAGUCUUGCUUUGGAUUUGGAUUGUGUUAUAUUUUGGCCCGCGAUCGAGGGACUAAUAGUA